GAUGGGCAUCCCUCGGGAGUGGUGGGAGCUGCUCGGUCUCCUUUGCGGCAUCUGUCUGUGGGUGAGUCCUGCCGAGCCGAGCCCCCCGACACCCACGAGGCCGAGCCGGGAGGGGGCCCCGCUGCAGUUCCGGCUGGCAGGCUACCCCCGCAAGCACAACGAGGGGCGCAUCGAGGUCUUCUACAACCAAGAGUGGGGCACCAUCUGCGACGAUGACUUCACCCUGGCCAACGCCCACGUCCUCUGCCGCCACCUGGGCUUUGUUGCUGCCACCGGCUGGACCCACAGUGCAAAGUACGGCAAAGGCUCCGGGCGCAUCUGGCGCAACCUGAGCUGUGGCGGGAGCGAGAAGAGUGUCAUGGACUGCCGCUCGCGGGGCUGGGGCAACAGUGACUGUUCCCACGAGGAAGACGCCGGUGUCAUCUGCAAGGACGAGCGCAUCGCUGGCUUUGUGGACUCCAAUGUGAUUGAGACAGAGCAGAACCAGGUGGAAGAGCUCCGGCUGCGCCCAGUCGUCUCCCACGCCAAGCGGCCACUGCCGGUGACGGAGGGCAUCGUGGAAGUCCGCUACAAGGACAGCUGGGCCCAGAUCUGCGAUGGGAACUGGAGCAGCCAGAACAGCCGUGUUGUCUGCGGCAUGCUGGGCUUCCCUGCCGAGAAGAAGGUCAACCGGAAUUUCUACAGGCCAGUCUCCAGGGCUCGGCCCAAACAUAGGCGCAGGGAGGACUUUAGGGGCGCCAAGAGGCUCUACGCACAGCGACACCCGCUCCACUACCGGCUGCACUCGGUCUCCUGCCUGGGGAGUGAGGUCCACCUCUCUCUCUGCUCCUUCGAGUUCUACAGAAGGAACGCCACCGGGACCUGCAAGGGCGGGAUGCCCGCAGUGGUGGGCUGUGUCCCCGGCCCCCUCUUUGCGGCAGGCAGCCCCCAGAAGAAGAAGCAGCAGCAGCGGCAGCAGAAGCAGCAGGGGCAGAAGCGCAUCCGGCUGAAGGGCGGGGCCAGGGCCGGCGAAGGGCGGGUGGAGGUGCUCAAGAACAACGAGUGGGGCACCGUCUGCGACGACCGCUGGAACCUGAUGUCGGCCAGCGUGGUUUGCCGGGAGCUGGGCUUUGGCAGUGCCAAGGAGGCCCUGACGGGGGCACGCAUGGGCCAAGGCAUGGGCCCCAUCCACAUGAACGAGGUGCAGUGCGCGGGCUCCGAGAAGUCGCUGUGGGGCUGCCCACACAAGAACAUCACCGAGGAGGGCUGCAAACACUCCGAGGAUGCCGGCGUCCGCUGCAACGUCCCCUACAUGGGCUACGAGACCACGGUCCGCCUGAGCGGGGGCCGCAGCCGCUUUGAGGGGCGGGUCGAGGUGGCCCUGGGGGCUGGGAGCAACAGCACCCCCCCGCGGUGGGGCUUGGUUUGUGGGCAGGGCUGGGGGACCCCGGAGGCCAUGGUGGUGUGCCGCCAGCUGGGCCUGGGCUUUGCCAGCCAAGGCUUGCAAGAAACGUGGUACUGGGAUGCCAGCAACGUGACGGAGAUGGUGCUGAGUGGCGUGAAGUGCGCCGGGCACGAGAUGACACUGAGCCACUGCCAACACCACAACACCGUCAACUGUCAGAAGACGAGCGCUCGCUUUGCGGCUGGGGUCAUCUGCUCCGAGACUGCCUCAGACCUGCUGCUCCACGCCCCGUUGGUGCAAGAGACGGCGUACAUCGAGGACCGCCCUCUGCACAUGCUCUACUGUGCUGCAGAGGAGAACUGCUUGUCGAGCAGUGCCCGUAAUGCAAACUGGCCCUAUGGGCACCGGCGCCUCCUGCGUUUCUCUUCCCAGAUCCACAACAACGGCCGGGCAGACUUCCGCCCCAAAGCUGGCCGCCACUCUUGGGUGUGGCACGAAUGCCACGGGCACUACCACAGCAUGGACAUUUUCACCCACUACGACCUCCUCACCCCCAAUGGCACCAAGGUGGCAGAGGGACACAAGGCCAGCUUCUGCCUGGAAGACACGGAAUGCCAGGAAGACGUGGGCAAGCGCUACGAGUGCGCCAACUUCGGGGAGCAGGGCAUCACCGUGGGCUGCUGGGACCUCUACCGGCACGACAUCGACUGCCAGUGGAUUGACAUCACAGACGUCCGGCCCGGGAACUACAUUCUGCAGGUCAGCCAGAGCAGAGCAACAGCCCCCCCCUCCCCACCCCACCCCCGGGAGACAGGUGACGCGCUCAGUGAGGAGGCCAGCAGGCGCUUUGAACAGUAUCCCGGACAGCUGAACAACCAAGUCGUAUAGGCCAAGCCAUCCAACCGCUCCCGGGCCCCAGGCAGCCCGCUCCUGCACCAGCUGCACCAAGUGGGGCCAGGAUGGCACGCUGGCACCGCUCGCUGCCCUCUUCUGGACCCACCAGAGCCCUGGAGGGAGGAGCGUGGGGCCAAGCGGCCACUCUGUGAUACGCAGGCCGGCACUGGACUGCAGGGAGAACCCAGCUCUGGUGCCCCUCCCCCAGGGCCCCCAUCCACUGGGCCCUCUCCUCACGUGGUGCUCGCCAGCCCCUCCAGGGCCGGGCUGUGUUCCAUAUAAAGAGUCAUUCUUUG